UCUGUACAAAAACAAACAACACGUGCGUGAGACUGAUUCUCUCUUUCGUUCUCGCUCUCUCUGUGUCCUUUUAGCAGGGGUUGUUGCUAUUGGGGGCUUGGAGUCCUGCGACGAUGAUGCCAUGCGGAUAGAGCAAAUCCAACACGAACGGCUGCUGGACGUGUGCCGUGUGCGAAUCGAGUGCGGAGCGCAAGCGAGAAAUUAUAGAGAAAGGCCAGACGACAGGCAGAGCGGGGAAAGAAACAUUCUAAUUCCGAGAAAAAAGUUAAAAUUAACAAAGAUAUUUAUAGAAAUAUCCUUCUAAGAAGAAAUCAGUGCAGUUUCAAGUGUUUUCUUGUGGCUGUGAAAAAGUUCUAGGACCCAGAGGCGCAAAGUAGGUUAAAGCGGAGCGAGGGCAAGAGGCAGGAAAAGCCAGUCAGCAAGCAAAGGAAAUUUUUUGGCUUUCCCUUUAGCCACAUUUUGGAGGUCGGUGUCGGUCGGUUGGUGGUUUUUGUGGCUGGAGCUGCAUGUGUGUAUGCCGCAGGGGCAAGAGAAACUGCAAAUGCAGUGCGCGUACAACAACAAAAGCGAAAUGCAAAGGGCUUGAUAUCAAAUAGCAAAUGAACUUCGUAUUUCUAAACAUUUCAAUUGAUAUUCUCUAACCAAAAUCUAACAACAAAAAAAGUGAUAUUUUCUACGACUGUGGCUUGAUUUUUGCACAGUACAAAACACACACACACACACAAUACACAUAGAGAGACACACAGGGGGGGACACACACAGAACAGACACCACACACGAUAACUAUAUAGCAAUAUAUGCCAAUUGAGUGCCUUAUAUCAUUUGAUAAUAAUCCACAAGGUGUCUACUAUGCCGGACAGGAGCUAUCUGGCGUUGUUGAUCUCAGCGUCGAUGCCACCAAGCGGAUCAAAGGCAUCCACGUCACUGUCAGCGGAUAUGCCAAGAUACGCUGGAUAAAAAAGGGAUAUCCGCGCGAUAGCGAGCGCGCCAUGUGCCGUGCCUAUCGAUCGUAUCUGUCAUCGAGAUCGUACGUGUUGGGAUCGUGCGCGAGCAACUCUUUUAUCGACUGGCCCGCCGGCGAAUACUCGUACACAUUCCAUGUCAUCCUGCCCGACAAUCUGCCAACAUCGUUCGAUGGUAAAUACGGACAGAUACACUACGAGAUCAUAACGACGAUCGAGCGGGCCGGCCGAUAUCCAAAGGUAUUCAAGCUGCCAUUUACCGUGAUACAACCAUUGGACCUGAAUGCCGAUGCUAUAUACAGAGUGCCCUUGGAGAUACUCGAUCGUAAGCGUUUCUGGAGCUUUUGCUGUCCCACUGGACCGCUGACUGUGAAGUUCUCAACACCCUACUGCGGCUAUGCCCCAGGCCAGAAGAUCCACUUUGUGCUGUACAUCAACAACGAGUCCUCCAUCGACAUCACCGAGUGUGAGGUGAAGCUGAAACAGGAAGUCAGCUACGAGUCGCACGAUCCCCAUCAUGAGUAUCGCUACGACAAGCAUCUGAUAGCGCGAAAACAGUUCGGGAAUGUCUUGCGCUGGUCGAGGAAGGUGUACAGGGGAUAUCUGGAUCUGCCGUCGAUACCGCCCACAUCGGUGAAGCCCACAUGCCCCAUUAGUGUUAACUAUUCGAUUAAGAUCAUUGUCAAUCCAACGGAAUUCCACUGGAAGCUGAAACUGAAGAUCCCCCUGACCAUUGGCAGCAUUCCGAUUAUGGAUGGACCGGAGGCCCUGCUGCGCUUCAAUCGCCAGCAGCAACAGCACCAAGUAGUUAGUCAAAAUUUACAAAUGUCAACGCAACAACAAAGGCCGCGACACAGAGAUCGGGAUAGGGAUCGUGAUCGUAAUCGGGAUAGGGAUCAGAAUCAGAGGACACCUACCGCACAGCAGAGACAACAUUUGAGUAGCAUUACAAAUAAUAACAACAAUCAUGGACGUCUAGUGGGUGGACUACUGCCGACCAAUAGCAAUAUGAAUAUGAUAGUGAAUGCCAGUCCAACGCCCACUAGCUCCACGCCUUCAUCAACGCCAACAACUGCCGCCCUCAGGCCGCCUAUGGCCUCCAUGCUGCCAGCGAUAUUGGUGACCAGCGAUAGCGAUAAUCCACCGGAUUAUAUACCAAUGAUGCCGCCCUCGUAUGAAGAUGCUAUGGCUCUGAGUGAGAAAUUCAGCGAUGAUACUGAGUUCUUAACAAACGUUAGCAUGAGCAGCAUUAUGUCCGCUCAGGCUGUUGUUACCACAAGUGAGCCCUUUAAGCCGCGUUAUCCGGUCUAUUACGAAUAUGAGACACCGACCAUACCGCCCGAGACGCUUUACGAUGAGGCCAAUGCCCAGCUGCGCCUCGCCCUGAACCCGGAACCGGCAACGGAGAUGGCGACAGCAGCAAUGAUGGAUGAGGAGGUGACCACCAGCACACCGGGAGGAGGAGGAGGAGAGCUAUCCUUUAGCUAUGAAAAGAAAUGAUUAACAAAAACGAAAAACACCAAUACAACAAUUACAUAUUUACUCGUAAUCAAAAUAUUAUAUAGAAAAGGAUUGGAAUGGAAAUCGGAGAUAGAGAAUCGAACAUUUUUAUAGAAGCGAAAACCGUAUAAAAAAAUAUAGUAUAUAUUUUGCAGCAAAGUAGAAUCUAUCUAGAAUAAACCGAUUUGAAAUGAUUUGAAUUUUCCUUAUUUAUUUAAACUAUAACUUUCAAGCUAUGCUUUCUAACCUUCACUUUAAAAUAUGCCUAAAUUGCACUCAAACCUUAAUUCUUGUCUUCCAUUCUCCUUUUCUGUCCCUUGUCUCUUAAAAAGAAUUGAGUUUCUCAUGUAUUUGUUUGAUAAAGCUAAAUAAAAGUUGUCAAAAAUGUAUACACCUAUACAUAUACAGUGAGCACUGGCCACGAAUAUAUACGAGUACGAAAGAAAAAACGUAGUUAAAACAUAGAAGAAAAGAAAACACUCUUUCUAGGCCUAAGCUAAACGAUAAACCAGAACAGAACCCAAAACAAAUUUGCACAAUUUUAACCGAAUAAAAAAAAUAAAUUUAACAUACGAAAUUAACAUUUUCCAAAUAUUCAAUGUAUAGAAUAUUAAACAAACAAAAAAUAUGCGAAAAUUUACACAAAAUUUAGCCAAAUUCUUCUGCGUUUAUUUAUGAUUUCUCAUGAAGAAUUUUUAGUUGAAGCAUCAUAAUAACCUUUUAACAUAGGUGUCUAAACAUACAAAAAUAUUAUACACAUUAUGGAAAACAUAUAUAUAGAAAGUGAAGUGUCUUUUGCUCUACCUUUAUAUUUCGAUUGUGUGACUCUCCUCGUAUACAAUAUAUACUUUGUACUUCCCUUGAUUUUCAAAAGCCAGUCUAACCAGAAAUCUUAUAAGUAUACUAUUCCUAAGUCUUAUCUGUCUUCAAUUCGAUUAAAUCCAAAGUCAAUAAAGCAACAUAUAUGUAAAUCAGAGUAAA